UAUCUGUCUCUAGGUAGUCCCUCCUCUCUGAUAGGACCCGUCAUCGAACAUCUCAAUCAGGUAACCACGGACCCUCUCGGCACUGCCACUUCGAGCUUUGCUUUUGGCAUUUCGCCUUUCCUCUUUGCACAUCUUUAUUAACGCAAGCAUGGUGUACCACCCACAGUUUGAGCAGGCUGGCAAGCAACCAGGUCUCCAAGUAUGGAGGAUUGAGGACAAGGACCUGGCGCCAGUCCCAACGGAAUUGUAUGGAGGGUUCUACAAGGGGGAUGCCUAUCUGGUUCUCAACACCACCAAACAGAGAUCCGGGGACCUGCAGUAUAGUCUGCACUUCUGGUUGGGUGAAACCUCCACCGUUGUUGAGAAUGGAGUAGCUGCUGUAUUUACGACCCAAAUGGACGAAUACCUGGAUGAUAAACCUGUCCAGUAUCGUGAAGUGCAAGGCAAUGAGACAAAUGAAUUUCUUGGCUACUUCAAAGAUGGGAUCAAGUACAUGGAAGGGGGUGUGGCUUCAGGUUUCAGGCACGUUGUUACCAAUGAGGUCGAGAUACAGCGUCUGCUCCAUGUGCAGGGUCGGCACAUUGUCAGAGCAGUUGAGGUACCUGUGAGCUGGCAAAGUUUCAACCAGGGAGACUGCUUCAUCCUUGACCUGGGCAAUGAAAUCUACCAGUGGUUUGGCAGCCAGUGCAGUGGCUAUGAGAGGCUGAAGUCCACAAGGGUCGCCAAGGGUAUCCGGGACAGCGAACGAGGUGGGCGGGCCAAUGUGCAUGUGUGUGACGAGGGGGACGAGCCAGAGAAGAUGUUGGAGAUUUUGGGACCAAAGCCGGAUUUGCCUGAGGUUCACACCGAAGACGUCAAAGCAGAUACAUUAAAACGGAAGCAUGCAAAGUUGUACAAGAUUUCCAAUGCAACUGGGGAUGUGGACAUCACCACUGUAGCUGAGGACAGCCCCUUCUCCCAGAGUGCACUGGAGUCCAGUGACUGUUUUAUCCUUGAUCACGGCUCGAAUGGCGAGAUCUUCAUCUGGAAAGGUAAAGAUGCCAACAGGGAUGAGAGGAAGGCAGCGCUGAAGGCUGCGGAAGAAUUCAUAGAUAAGAUGGAGUACCCGAAGCACACCCAGGUUCACAUCCUUCCCGAGAUGGGCGAGACCCCUCUGUUCAAGCAGUUCUUCAGGCUGUGGCGCGACGUGGACCAGACUGAGGGGCUGGGCCAGUGCCACGUGAGCAGCAGCAUUGCCAGGAUCAAGAAGGUCCCCUUCGACGCCUCCGCCCUGCACGAGUGCACGGCUAUGGCCGCCCAGCACCGGCUGCUGGACGACGGGAGUGGCGAGAAGCAGAUCUGGCGUAUCGAGGGUGGGGACAAGGUAGCUGUGGAUCCCUCCACCUAUGGCCAGUUCUAUGGGGGAGACAGUUAUAUCAUUCUUUACAACUACCACCAUGGUGCUAAGGAGGGACAAAUUAUCUACAUGUGGCAGGGAGUGGAUUCGUCCCAGGAUGAAACUGCAGCAUCGGCCAUCUUGGCUGCCCAGCUGGACGAAGAGUUGGGAGGAAAGCCUGUCCAGGUGGAGGGUGCUCCUCUCCUUUCCCAGGUUCGGGUGGUGCAGGGGAAGGAGCCGGCCCAGCUCAUGAGCCUGUUCGGGGGUCAGCCCAUGGUGGUGCACAAGAACGGUACAUCCAGAGAGGGAGGCCAGGCCGAGCCUGCCGAAACACGCCUUUUCCAGCUGCGGGCCAACCCCGCGGGGGGCACGCGUGCCGUGGAGGUCGAUGCCAGUGCCUCCGAACUCAACUCCAAUGAUGUAUUUGUCCUGGUGACCCCGGCAACGACUUUCACGUGGGUGGGGCAGGGUGCCAGUGAUGCAGAGAAGCACGGGGCUCAGCAGCUCUGUGACAUCCUGGGCGUGUCCGCAUCUGAGCUGGCUGAGGGCGAAGAGGCAGAUGAUUUUUGGGAGGCUCUGGGGGGAAAGGCUGAAUACUGCACCUCCCUCAGACUAAAGGACAAGAUGGACGUCCACCCUCCUAGACUCUUUGUCUGCUCCAACAAGACCGGGCAGUUCAUGAUCGAAGAGGUACCUGGGGAGAUGACCCAAGACGACCUGGCCACUGAUGACAUCAUGAUCUUGGACACCUGGGAUGAACUGUUUGUCUGGAUUGGAAAAGAAGCAAAUGAGGAGGAGAAGGCUGCAGUCAUGACCUCAGCUAUCCAGUACAUCAAAACGGACCCCUCCGGCCGAGACCCCCAGACACCCAUUGAGAUGAUAAAGCAAGGAUUUGAGCCACCCACCUUCACCGGCUGGUUCCUGGGUUGGGACGACGAUUACUGGGGCACUGACGCACUGCAGCGUGCCAUGGCGGAGCUGGAGGCGUGAACCGCUACCUCUGACCUUUACACCUUGACCUCCUCCAAGGUGGUUGGGGUUCAGGUUUCAGAGACCCCUUAACCACAUUGUUCCACAUUUACCAUUUUUCCCCUUAAAAAGCAGUGUCCAUCACUGACAAUUAGCAUUACUUGACUAUCCCAGGUAUUUCAGAUCUUUUCAGGUACCUGAUAGAUGUUGCUGGGGGAACAUAAAGCGGGGUAAGUAGGGGUCUUCUCAGGAAAUAAACAGGCUGAAUUAUGCACUAACCAGUCCAGGCAAACCCCUACUCUUCUUAUCUAAGGACAUGAAACUGUUACAUGAAAGCUGUGAAAUUUACAAUCAUUUUUGAAUGCUGUUGCUUUAGGUGUUGAACCAACAGCAAAAAAAAAAAAAGAACACUAUUAUGGGGUCAAAAAAAAUGUGAGAACAUAAAUGUAGCUACUGAACUCCUUUUCUCGCUAUAAAGUGUACUGUCCUGUAUCUGUGUUUCACAGCAGUUGUUGUAAUGCUUGUAUUGUCAGAUGUCUUUUCAAAAGCAAUAAACAAAAGCGUUCUGUUAAAAGGC